AUGCUCGUGCCAGGCAGCGAGGUGUCGCGGCAGGCUGACCGAAUUUUCCGUGUGCUGUCGGUGGGACACGUCAAGCCCGGCAAGGGCGGCGCCUUUGUCCAGGCCAAGCUCAAGUGCGUGCUGGACGGCACGAUCGUGCCUCAUAAGUUCCGCUCGGCCGAGACGGUGGAGACAGCGGAGGACUACUCCCUGCUCUACACUGAUGGUGGAUUGGUGCACUUGAUGCACGGCGAAACGUUUGAGCAGAUCGAGGUGCCGAGAGAGGCCUUUGGCGAGCUGGCGGUCUGGCUGCGUGACGGGAUGAGUGUGCGCGUCGCCAGCCGACAAGGCGUGCCGCUGCUCUUCACGCUGCCGCCCCGCGCGGCAUACGAGGUUGUCGAGACGCGGCUCGGCAGCAGAGAGGGCAAGACCGACGCAUGCGGCAAUCUGACCGCACGGCACCCGCUUCGGCAGGUGCUCUCCAACGGCGAGGCGCUGCGCGUGCCGCACUUUGUGACCGUGGGCGACCGCAUCCUCGUCAAUACGGAGGACGGCACCUAUUACGGUAAGGCGGGGCCAGAUGAGGGAUGA